AAACCAGCAAAAAGCCCCACACAACUCAUCAUUCGCUGUGCGAGUCCCACUCCUAUCACAUGCCCUUGCCAUUCCAAUUACUAACACUGCACCACCAUCAUAUCAUACUUGGACAACAUCAUAUGUUAGUUCCAAAGUACACAUCAAACACUGAACUCAAUCCCACAUCAACAACAUGCAGAGAUUUAGUAUUCAUUUCACAGAUUUACCACACAACACAUCUACUCAUGUCUUUUGUUCAUACUAGAUGUGACCCUAGUCCUUUUGUUUCAAAUCUUUUGUUACCAACUAACAAUAACAGCACACAAAUUAUAUAGCAUGAAACUCAUAGUCUUCCAUGGAUUUUUUAUUCUCAUUCAACAGCAAAAUGCAGGGAUUUAUUGUCUGUAACUAUGAGAGUGAGAAGAAUGGAAGCAUUUCCGAGAGACCAACGUGGCUCGCUCGAAGUGUUCAACCCUUCGUCUUCUUACUCCAACGAGAAGCCGGUCAACUCGCCAUUGCGCACUCAAUCCACGUGGAAGACGUGGAUGGAGUCACGCGCCGAGGAGCCACCGGAGGAGCAGCAACGCGGCGGUUCCGAUGAGGUCACAGCCACGUCGUGGAUGGCGCUAAAGGACUCCACUCCGCCGCUGCCAGCACAGACACUCGCCGCGGUGCUAGGCGAGCCUCCGGCGGAGGUCGGAAAUGCCGCGAAGCGCGCCGCGGAAUGGGGUCUGGUGCUGAAGACGGACACGGAAACCGGAAAGCCGCAGGGAGUGGCGGUUCGGACCUCCGGCGGGGAGGAGCCGAGCGCGAAGGUGACCGGUGGGUCGAGGAGGGACUCCGGGAACUCCGUUCGGAGCUCCGGCGAGUCCUCCGACGACGGGAGGGAGUACCGGGGAGGAAUCCCGAGGGUUUCGGAGGACCUGAGGGACGCUUUGUCGGCGUUUCAACAAACUUUCGUGGUUUCGGAUGCUACCAAACCCGAUUACCCGAUAAUGUAUGCCAGUGCCGGGUUUUUCAAGAUGACGGGUUACACAUCAAAGGAAGUCAUAGGGAGAAACUGCCGGUUUUUGCAGGGAGCAGACACGGAUCCGGAUGAUGUGGCAAAGAUAAGGGAAGCCUUACAAACGGGUCAUACCUACUGUGGAAGGUUACUGAAUUACAAGAAGGACGGCACUCCCUUUUGGAACCUUCUCACUAUUGCCCCAAUCAAGGACCACGAUGGCAGAGUCCUUAAAUUUAUAGGAAUGCAAGUGGAAGUUAGCAAGCAUACAGAGGGGACGAAGGAGAAGAUGCUACGUCCCAAUGGAUUACCCGAAUCCUUGAUUCGAUACGAUUCUCGUCAGAAAGAGAAGGCAAACGGUACAGUAUCUGAGUUGUUGCUGGCUGUGAGGAGGCCACGGGCACUGAGUGAAUCAGCAGGCCGGCCGUUGAUCAGAAAGUCAGCAUCCGGUGAUGAUGUUGAAGAGAAACCAGAAAAGUCAUCGAGGAGAAAAUCUGAGAGUGUGUCCUCUUUUAGACGCAAAUCACAUGCAGGUGACACAAGUUCAAUGGAGAGAAUCACUGAGCUACCUGAAAAGAAACACAAGACAUCUCGUCGCCGUUCCUUCAUGGGGUUCAUCAGAAAAAGUCAGUCGAACUUUGGAAGCUUCAAUGACGAAGGUGUUAUUGAGGAUAGUUCUGAGAAUAGUGACGAGGAUGAUGAUGAGAGGUCUGGUAGUUUUGAUGGCAAAGUAAAGAAGAGGGAAAAGAGAAAGGGUCUUGAUCUUGCUACCACACUUGAACGUAUUGAGAAGAACUUCGUUAUUACUGAUCCCAGGCUGCCAGAUAACCCAAUUAUUUUUGCAUCUGACAGCUUCUUGGAGCUUACGGAGUAUAGUCGUGAAGAAAUCUUGGGAAGAAAUUGCAGGUUUCUGCAAGGGCCUGAAACUGAUCCAGCAACAGUGAGAAAAAUUAGAGAGGCCAUUGACACUCAAACUGACGUCACGGUGCAACUCAUUAAUUAUACAAAGAGUGGUAAAAAGUUCUGGAAUUUGUUUCAUUUGCAACCUAUGCGUGAUCAGAAGGGAGAGGUACAGUACUUCAUUGGAGUUCAACUUGAUGGUAGUCAACACGUGGAGCCUCUUCACAACCGCAUUGCAGAAAAUACUGCUAAAGAGGGAGAACAAUUGGUGAAGGAAACUGCUGAAAAUGUCGAUGAUGCAUUGAGAGAACUUCCAGAUGCUAAUUUGAAACCAGAAGAUUUAUGGAUGAAUCAUUCAAAAGUGGUUCACCCGAAACCACAUAGGAGGGAUGAAGCUGCAUGGAAAGCUAUUCAGAAGAUCCUAGAAAGUGGAGAGCAGAUAGGCUUGAAUCAUUUUAGGCCAGUUAAACCUUUGGGAUCAGGAGAUACUGGCAGUGUCUAUCUGGUGGAGUUAGGUGAAACUGGCCAAUAUUUUGCCAUGAAGGCUAUGGAGAAGGGUAUUAUGCUCAAUCGUAACAAGGUGCACAGAGCUUGCACAGAGAGAGAGAUCCUGGACAUGUUGGACCACCCUUUUCUUCCUGCAUUAUAUGCUUCCUUUCAGACCAAAACACAUGUUUGUUUGAUAACCGAUUACUGUUCUGGUGGAGAACUGUUCCUUCUUCUUGACCGACAGCCAGCUAAGGUUCUCAGGGAAGAUGCAGUGAGAUUUUAUGCUGCGGAAGUAGUUGUUGCAUUGGAGUAUCUUCAUUGUCAAGGUAUAAUAUAUCGGGAUUUGAAGCCAGAAAAUGUGUUACUACAAAGCAGUGGACACGUGUCCCUAACAGAUUUUGAUUUGUCAUGUUUGACAUCUUGCAAACCACAGCUUCUAGUUCCAUCUAUAAAUGAAAAGAAGAAAGCACAGAAAAGCCAACAACCUCCAAUAUUUAUGGCAGAACCUAUGAGAGCAUCAAACUCUUUUGUGGGCACAGAAGAGUACAUAGCUCCGGAAAUUAUAACUGGUUCAGGCCAUACUAGUGCCGUGGAUUGGUGGGCUCUUGGAAUUCUUCUAUACGAAAUGUUUUUUGGAUAUACACCAUUCAGGGGAAAGACCAGGCAAAGAACAUUUACAAAUAUUCUGCAUAAGGACCUUAAAUUUCCCAAAAGUAAACAGGUAAGUUUCAGUGCAAAGCAAUUAAUGUAUCGGUUGCUGAACAGAGACCCCAAAAGCAGAUUGGGUUCAAGAGAAGGAGCAAAUGAAAUUAAGAACCAUCCAUUCUUUCGGGGUGUCAAUUGGGCCCUAGUUCGUUGCACGAAACCUCCUGAGCUGGAUGCACCUCUCUUCGAAAUAACUGAAGAAGAAAAGGAAGCCAAGUUUGAAGAUCAAGUGCAAGAGCAAAUGAGCGUCUUCUGAAGUGUUUGCAGGUGAAAGGAUGAAAGUUUGAUCUAGUCCACAAUGAUGUUGGAGGUAUUAUGUAGUAGCCAAGUUGUACAAUCGAAGUUCUCAACAUUUGUGUGUGUGAGUCGGUGGUUGCCAAGUUAAGGAAUCAAAGUUUGGUUAUGAAACAUGUUCAUUGCAAGUUAUGAAUCGUGUGAUAAGUCACCAAGUUGUAACUUUUUUUUGUCUUGUGUGUUUAA